AAUGGCUGUCUUUGUUACACACCAAACAUUUUGGACCACAAUUUUACUCUCCUCUAUGACUAUUAGAGAGAGAAGUGAACUGAGCUGAAUCUCUCUCCCUCUAGCAAUGGCAACUCUGCACUCUCUUGCAUUGUCCUCUCCGCUCUCCAAUUCACUUCAUAAGCCACACUCAUACUCAGUCCCAUCAUCUAUUAUCCAUCGAAGUGCAAAUUCUUCAUUUAACGGUCAAAAUUUACACCAACAAUGUUUGAGGUUACCUGUGCUAAAACACAAAACUCCCAUGCACAUGCCUAUUGUGAUGAUGGUAAAACCAACAAUACAGUUCAUCCAAGGAACUGAUGAACAAACAGUACCAGAUGUGAGAUUGACUAAAUCAAGGGAUGGAACAAAUGGAAUGGCUAUUUUCACAUUUGAUCAACCCUCGGUCUUUGAUUCAUCUGGUGAAAUAGGUGAUAUCACUGGUUUUUACAUGAUUGAUGAGGAAGGGGUCCUUCAGUCAGUUGAUGUGAGUGCCAAAUUUGUCAAUGGAAAGCCCUCACGGAUUGAAGCCAAGUAUGUAAUGCGGAGUCCAAGGGAGUGGGAUAGAUUCAUGAGAUUCAUGGAGCGAUACUCCAAUGCAAAUGGUUUGCAAUUCAUUAAAAAAUGAGUUAAUGUGCUAACUAUGCCCUUCUAUUCUUUUGUCCUUUGCAAGGAAGUUUGUUUUGCUGAAUAUAGUAAGAUGAAACUUGAGUGAAACGUUAGAUUGGCGUGCCUGUAACUUCAAUUCACAUACUCAUUUCCUUUCUGACA